AUGGCCUGGCAAAAUACCCUAGAUGAGCUGAAAAAAGCUGCACUAGCAGUCAGCAAUCAAGAACUGGCAUCUGAGAGUAUCAUCAGAGUUAAGCACCUGACACUUCAGCAUUCUGCAGACCAUUGGGAGGAACUUCACACUCAUGUUCAUGCUAUCUUCGGUUGGGGACAAGAAGGAGUUCCUUGGAUGCAAGCAGCACUUGAUCUCUGCUACAGAAACCAGUCAGUGCUGCUGCACUUCCACAUGAACCCACCUCAUACUACCACCAUACCAUUGCCCGAUACCCAGCAGGAGUAUAUUAAGAUUUUAAGAAGCUCAGAUGGGGCAGACAAAGAAAGCAGUGAUGAGUCAGGAGGAGCUUAUAAUUCUUGGGCAGGAACUGUUGAGCCAUUGAAGUUGCGACAUAUGAGCAAUGCUGUGCACUGGACAAAGACAAGAGCCUACAGUAGCAGCUUCAAUGUUUCAGUUGUCAUCAUCGUAGUGGCUUCAAAACAAGGCAAAGCUGAUGUACAGCUUUCAGAGACAGAUCGGAAACUGAAGGAAUACUUCAAGGAUCCACGGGUACAUCAAGCAUGUCAGUUACUUGAGAAUGAUGAUUAUGGACAAGUGUUCCUUGAGUUAUUCAAACAUGCAAAUCUCAAACUAGCCAUCAUAUGGACAGCCUAUACCUUUUGCCUCACAAUAUUGGCCGUCUCAUUGACAACAUUGCCCGCCGUGGUCACCAAGGUGUCCCAAUUGUUUUGGUCAUGGAUUGCACAGUGGUUCAUGAUCAUGACUGAUAAGAUAUGUCAAGGGCUGAUUCCUCGCAUACUGCACAAUGUUUGGGUCUCAUAUUCUGGGAGGGAGGUUGUUGAUGAAAGCUCGUUAGCAUCUCAAGUCCAUGUCCUGAUAGAGAAGUCAGGGGGGAGGGCAGGAUUAGCUGUCAUUUCUUAUGGAUCAGAUGGUGCUUUGAGUGAAGUUGGUGCCCACAAUAUUAUUCAUAACUCAGCAUUGGAAUGGUUGACAUUUUCAAUCAAAAAGUUCAGUGGUCCCUUAUUGACUGUUCCUGACAUGAGUCACAUCCAAAAGGUAUUGCGGAACAACGAGCAAAGUGGAACAUGCCUUCUCAGUGUUGGAAAUCACUGUUUGACCCAUCAAACACUUGUUACACUAUGGGAGGAGCCCAACAGUGGCAUGGUAAAGAAGGAUGUUGAGAACACGGACAAGCAUAACGACAGGGCAGCAAUUAGAUUGUUCCAUUCUAAUGCAUUAUGA